CCGGUUGAUGGAACUCUCCGUCUCCAUGGAUGUGAAAGCAAGAUGCAGAAUGACAGGAUCAGCGCAAGGGCGGAAAGGAGCGAAAACGCGCGGUCGAUUUUUUCGCAGGAGUUCCUUCUGCUCCUUAUGCCAAUUCCCAACAGACGGUGGAAAAGAUUGCGUCAACAGGUCUACUAUCUUAAUUUAUAAUACCUCAGCCAGAGUCUGAGUGCAACGACGCAAGGCUAGCAAAUCAUACUUCAAAGCGAAGUCAAUUCAACGACGUCUCCGACAUGAAGGGCAAGUCCGCCAAACAUCGGCACCAUGAGAGGGGCCACCGCAGUGGUGCAGGGAACCAAGACGACCUCGCCUUUGGCCGUCGAAGUGAAGGGGACGCCCCCACCGCGGACAGUGAAGACUCCACCGCCACCCCCCGCGUCCCCGUCCCCGUCGCAAUGUGGGAUUUCGACCACUGCGACCCCAAACGCUGCAGCGGACGCAAACUAGCCCGUCUGCAAAUGAUCAAAACGCUUCGCAUCGGGCAAAAGUUCAAGGGAAUCGUCAUGUCACCCAAGGGCACGCAGUCGGUGUCACCGGCGGAUCGGCAUAUUGUGGAACUGCACGGGGCGUGUGUGGUGGAUUGCUCGUGGGCGAGGGUGGAUGAGGUGCCGUUCGAGAAGAUCAGGAGUCCGCAUGAGCGGUUGCUACCGUAUCUCAUUGCAGCGAAUCCCGUGAAUUACGGCAAACCCUUCAAGCUGAACUGUGUCGAGGCACUGGCUGCAUGCUUCUACAUCGUCGGGCUAGAAGAAUACGGCCACAUCCUCCUCUCAAAGUUCAAAUGGGGCAGCGCUUUCUGGAAUCUCAACGAAGCUCUUUUCAAGAAAUACCAACAAUGCACAACGUCCACCGAUGUCGUCGACUGCCAAAACGCAUACAUCGCCGAGAUCGAUAAGGAGUACCGUGACCGCCGCGGGAUCAAAUCGCACGUUCGGCAUGUCGGCGAUGACCAGAAUGACGAGGAGGAGGAGGAGGAAGAUGAAGAGGCUGACAGUGAUGAUUUGUUGGAAGAGAACCCGAAUCAUGCUGGGUGGGGACAGGGGCAGAAUGAUGAUGAGGAGGAUGAGAGUGAGGAGGAUGGUGAGGAGGAGGGUGGCGCUGAAGAGGAAGAAGACGAAAACGAUGAAGAGGACGAGGAGGAUGAAGAACCUAUUUUCGAUAAAUUGGGGAACACAAUCCCACGAAAGGCUGGCAGAACGCAGGCGUUUCCAGUGAGCGAUAUAGAUGAUGACGAGGAUAGUGAGCCGGAGUUAGUUGAUAAGUUUGGAAAUUCGAUCCCUCGGACGGCUAGGAAGAAGGAGGGUUUGGCGGAUGGUGUUUCGAAGUUGAGCAUAUAGAUGCGUGCCGUACGCAGAUUUUGUUUUAUAGUUUAGGGAGAAGUGUGAUAUAGUUCUGAUGCACGUAGGUUAAAGUGUUCCGUCCGGAAACGAGGUUGUGAUAGGAGAAUGCAAGGGAUUGCAAGAAGC